CCCUCCCUCCCGAAACGUUCCUUGCUUUCCGCGAGAGGCAUGACCAGUCCCAGUGUGACGGCCCGGCCCAGGAGAAAAGUCAGGAGUGGCAGGGUGGGACAAGUGAGCAUCGAGCCUGUAACUUCAUUCCCCUGUCCUGCCAUUCCUGGCAUUCGCUGUUCAUGCAGACAUCACGGCUCUGGUACUACCGUGUGGUCAGACUGGAUUGAUGUGACAAAGGAAAAGACAACAUGGUGGUCAAACACAACGAGGGAAUCCGAGAAGGGCUGAGUUCAGCAGUGCUGAGGGAACCAGCCUGGGCUUCAGCUGCAUGAAUUUUGCAUUUAGCCUGAGCGAGCCAGGUGUCGUUUGAGGCUGUGCGUGCUGAAAGGCCCUCUACUUGAAAGAUGACUCAGUCAGUGCAAGUUAACCCAAAGCUGCCUGAUUUGGCCUCUCCCUUUCUCUACUCCAGUCAAGAGCAAGUUGACCAGCCGUCAUCUUACUCCGUACAAACGCCAUAUGGUUUCCAGCUUGAUUUGGAUUUCCUGAAAUAUGUGGAAGAGAUAGAGAGUGGCCAUAAUCUUCGUAGGGCAGCUGUCACAUCUCGUCGGUCCGGACGGGGGCUCAAAACCUCUCAGAGAUAUGUUGGGGGGCGUGCCAGCGGCUGGACUUCCACAGAGUCCCUUUCCUCUCCAGCUAGUGAGGAUGGCAGGGUGCCCCCCUUGCCGCCGCCAAGAAACCGCCUUGGCUCCGCCCCUUGCGAAGUGCUUUCUCUCUCCCCUGUGACUCUCCUCAGUGUUCCCCCACUGACUGCCGGUGCCAAAGUUCCACCCCCUCCACCACAACGCAACGCAAGAGUUGAGCGAACUCUUCUUGAAACAAGCCGGCGGCUACAGCAGGAGCAAAGCCAUCAUGACGGUGGCCGAUUCCAGCUCGCAGAUCCUCCCAAGCACCUGUCCGCCUCUGCGUCAACUCAGCCUCUGCAGAGCAGCUGGACUAAACCUAGUCCUCAAACCUCUGGACUCAACACUCCUGCCGCUGGCACGGCAGUGCCCCCCAGCCAACUGCAGACAGUUAGAGAGCAGAUGGCUACGGCCUUGAAACAACUGAAGGAGAUGGAGGAACGAGUAAAGGGUGUUCCGGCUCUGGAAAAAGAGGUGGCUGAGCUUCGUGUCGAGAAAGACAUGCUGUUGUUAGCACUUCAGGAGAAGAAAGCAACAAAGAAGCCACAGUUGGUCGACUGCUCUUCGCAGACCACACAGUCCUCCAAAUCCAGCCCAAAUAUCCAGAGUCGAUUAAGUAGCCCAGCCUCACCUGGUCACAAAGGUCACAAAUCUGAGGAAUUGAAAAAGCUUGCUGAGAAGUUUGAGGGGAAAGAUGGUUGUGCAGCACAACUUUCAUCCAAAGUUGUACCAAAGGCUCCUGGGAAGCCAUCUGUUGACAAGAAAUCCGUGGCUGUCGGAGAUGAUCAGCCCAUAGACUCAAUUGUUUUCUAUUACAGCCACAGUGUGAAAGACGCCACUGUGGGAACUGAGCUCCAUGUUCGUGAAAAGGGCACAGGAACUGAAAACCCUGUGCUUCGUCAGCAAGGAACACAGGUCAGAGCAGAGACGGCGGAGGUUGGGGUUUGGGUUAUGGAGUCACUACUUGGGCUGACGUCUGAGGCGCAACGUGAGCUGGACACCUUACAGGACACCAUUAAAUUCCAGCAGGAGUCCAUUACGAGUCUAGAGAGCCAGCUGAGCUCGGCAGACAAAGAUCUGAGAACUCUCCGAGCGCAGAUUGAAGAGAUGGCGCUGAAAAUCACGUUUGAGAAGGGAGUUCUUGCUAAACCCGUUGCUAAGGAUGCCCAGAUCGAGACCACACCCUCUACCCUAAAGGAUGCUGGCGUUUUGUGCUGCCCAGCUGUGACGGAUGUCUGUGUAGGUAACAGCUUUGCACCGGAGCUGACCGAGCAAAGUGCCCAAACUGAUACUUUAACGACAGCAGAAGAACCAGUAUUUGUUGUCAUGGCCACCAUUGGUUGCCAGUACGAAAACAUGCUUGAUGACAAGAGUGAAGACCAGAAAGUUACUGUGUUAAAGAAGAGACAGCUGACCAUAAAUGAUUAUAAGAUCUUUCCAGAAGAGGCAGUGAGUGUGUCUGAGGAGCGAGAGCAAGGCCACGGGAACACGACGACACCCGACAAUCUCAAAUCAGAAACAGGCAUGCUGAAAUCAAUCAUGAAGAGGAAAGAUGGCGCAGUUGAAAAUCGCACGACAGGCAAGAAGAACUUGCAGUUUGUUGGCAUUUUAAAUGGAGGGUAUGAAUCGACAUCCAGUGAAGAAGAGGAAGAUGACGAGGAGGAAGGGGAGGAGGAGGAAGAGGGAAGCUCCUCUGAAGGAAGUGGAGAGGCUGACUGCUUGGAUAGCACGGAGGAGGAUGAAGUGGAUCUGCAGGAAGAAACGUCGGAGGAGGAAAGAAACGUCAACCUGGAUGAGAGCGACACUGAUGAGGAAAUUCUGAGAGCAUCAAAGGGCUCAUCUGAUGGCGUCAAAGAGAAGUUUGAACUGAGCUCCAAAAUGCGUGAAGCUUGCCUAAUUCUCAAGAAUCACCUCAACGAUGACAUCCAAACACUGAAGAGUAAGGAAGUGCUCGCCAGCACUCACUUGGUCCAGCUCGAGUGGUUCCGUGUUUCCAGCGCAAAAAUGGCUCAGCCUUCGCGGGUGUCCGACUACCUGAUGGCCUUCUCCGAGGUGUCCGCGCUGCUGCUUGAGCAUGUGGUCAACAUGACCGAUGGCAACGGCAACACCGCUCUGCACUACAGUGUCUCACACUCCAACUUUGGGGUCGUGGACCUGCUGCUGGACACAGGCAUGUGCUGCGUGGACAAGCAGAACAAGGCGGGCUACACGGCCAUCAUGUUGGCUGCUUUGUCCACGGUCAAGGAGGACGAUGACAUGUCUGUUGUUAAGAAGCUCUUCAGCAAGGGCAACGUCAACGCCAAAGCCAGCCAGGCAUGUCAGACGGCGCUGAUGCUAGCUGUGAGUCAUGGCCGUCAGGAGAUGGUGGAGGCGCUUCUGGAGUGUGGCGGUGAUGUCAACGUGCAGGACGACGAGGGUUCCACGGCGCUGAUGUGUGCCAGCGAACACGGCCGAGCUGAGAUUGUCAAACUCCUUCUGGAGCAGCCUGGUUGUGACAUCUCCAUCGUUGAUAAUGAUGGCAGCAACGCUCUCUCUAUCGCCGUGGAAGCGUCUCACAAUGACACUGCUGUACUGCUCUACGCCCAUAUGAACUAUGCAAAAACUCAGUCUUCUGUGGGAAGCCCAAAGUCUCCGAGGAGCCCGACCAGCUGCCACAAGUCCUGGCCCGCAGAGUGACCCGGCAACAGUGGAAAAGCAACGCAAACUGGAUCCGGGCUGUGAAUGGCUCCACUGGAAGUCUCAAUGUAUUUAUGUAUUGUAAUACGCCCUCUGUUUAAAGUAUUGUUCAUAUGAGAAUAUUCAUUUUCCAUAAAGAUGAAUGAAAGUUAUAUCGUCCUUGACUAAUGAGCUUUUUGCAUGUCAGUUACAGGAGAUGGGUUUUAUUUGCACUCCACUAACAUUUUCUACUCGAUAGGCAACACGCACCGCAGCAUAACGCUGCCGAUUUCAAGUUGAAGACUGUACUGAAAAACUCAACUAACCGCAGUUUCUUGAGACAAUUAACACCAAUGCUGCAAGAUUAGCUGCCGCCAAGCAGACAUGCCAAAGAACACAUCACAGUACAUCAUAGAUGUGUGAUACCUGAUGAAUGUACUGUAUAGCUUCGUGAUAUAUGUUCAUCUCUAGCAUGGGCCCAAAAAAGUUUCGACCAUCUUGUUUUCUUCAAUUGCUCGGUCAUUUAAUGCCUGGCAGCACGUAAGAUGUAUCAUGUGACCAACACACAGAUGAGAAAACAGGAAGUGUUUGUGUCAGUACAAUGCCACAGCAAUUGACGUACAUUUCCGAUUGUGUUUCAUUUGCUCCGUGACCUCCACUGUCUUUCUCGGUUCAGUCCAGCGAUACUGUUUUGCCCCGAGCUCGCCGAAACGUCUCUUUCUGUAAAUCCAGGUCAGAGGUGUCCCGCUUUUUAGGACUUCAACAUGCAUAAAGCAGAAGCAGAAAUAUAUAUUUUUAAAAGUUAGCUUUUUUAAAAAAAUGUACAAUAGUUUUAAGUGUAAACAUUUGUCUCAGCCUUUUACAUAACUAACUCUAUCCAGCUGGAUCGUCUUGCUUUGACUUAAGUUUUAAAUCAAGCUUGAGGCAUUUGCUUACAUUUUCCAGCAGAGUUGAGCUCAGUCUUUU